AUGACGGGGGACUGGAGAGUUUCUUGUGAAUUCAGCAAAAGGCUGAAUUGGAUGACAGCAAUCACAACCGCCUGUCGCAACAACUCGCCUUCAUCGACCUUUGCGGAAACCCAAUCACAGGCUGUCGGUUAUGAAAAGGAGGCUUAUGACAAAGCAACUUCAGAGGCAGAGUACGACCGAUUAUGUCAAGAAGCCAUCGACAAACUCGAGGCUCAAUCCUCCAACAUAGCAGUAGUUGAUGAUCCGAGACUACGAUCAGACGAGCAGAAUGAAUCAAAUGCAGAAACCGUCAAAAUUGGGGCAUAUCAGAAGUGCGUCCAUCAUGCUGACGGACUAAUGUCCACUAUUUAUCGGUCGAAAAGAUCUACCGACGGUACAUUCGUUGCUCUGAAGGUUACCACCCCACAUCAGAUGGGCCCUCCUCAUGAUUCCAAAAGGGAGGCACGUAUUCUUCGAGGUACAUCCAGUCACAAACAUAUCAUCCCGCUGCUCGAGACUUUUGACCUAGCCGGCGGUCGAUUUAUUCUCGUUUUUCCCUUCAUGCGAUACAAUUUUGCCGAACUCUUACACAAAAAUGUUUUAACGACACUCCAGGUUAAGGCUGCUCUGAGAGAUCUGUUCCGAGCCCUCGACCAUGUGCACGCACUCGGCAUCAUCCACCGAGAUGUGAAACCCUCGAAUAUCCUCUUGGAUAGCCCAGACGGUCCGGCUUAUCUAGCUGAUUUUGGAAUUUCAUGGAAGGAAUCGGAUCCGGGCUCUGAACCUGCAGUGAAAAAGAUCAUUGAUGUCGGUACGACGAGUUAUCGGCCCCCGGAAAUCCUCUUUGGUUCAACACACUACAACACAUCCUUGGAUAUGUGGGCGGCCGGCUGUGUGGUAGCAGAAGCGGUGGAUAUCCGCCAUCGCCAGCUCUUUGACUCGGGAGAUCUAGGCAGUGAGCUUGCACUUAUAAGAUCAAUAUUCACCACUUUGGGGACCCCCAAUGCCCAGGUGUGGCCGGAGUCAGAAAAGCUCCCCGACUGGGGCAAGUUUCAAUUCUACGAAUACCCUGCCAAACCUUGGGAGGAAAUCUUGGAGGGAGCAUCUUCUGAAGGGCGUGAUCUGGUUAGCAAGUUGGUAUGCUAUGAGUCUUCUUCAAGGAUGACUGCUGAACAGGUAUUGGACUGUGGUUUUGUCAUAUUAAACGAGGCUAACAAUAUCCAGGCUUUGCGACAUCCAUUCUUAUCACAGAAGGAAAGCCAGUCUUGA